UGGCCGAGCCGCCCGCCCCGCGCACUCGGGCGGCGGCCGGCAGCGGGCGAGGACACCGGGCGAGCCCUCCCUGCCGGGAGAGCCAGCCCUGCGGCACACGGCAGCGCCAUGGUCUCAUGGAUCAUCUCCAGGCUAGUGGUGCUUAUAUUUGGCACACUUUACCCUGCAUAUUAUUCUUACAAAGCCGUGAAAUCAAAGGACAUCAAAGAAUAUGUCAAAUGGAUGAUGUACUGGAUCAUAUUCGCGCUCUUCACGACAGCAGAGACAUUCACGGAUAUCUUUCUUUGCUGGUUUCCAUUCUACUAUGAACUCAAAAUAGCUUUUGUAGCUUGGCUGCUGUCUCCGUACACAAAAGGCUCCAGCCUCCUGUACAGGAAAUUUGUUCAUCCUACUCUGUCUUCAAAAGAAAAGGAGAUCGAUGACUGCCUCAUCCAGGCAAAAGACCGGAGCUACGAUGCCCUUGUGCACUUCGGGAAGCGGGGGCUAAACGUUGCAGCCACGGCAGCCGUCAUGGCAGCUUCGAAGGUAAAGGUGCAGGUCUCUCAGCUACUCCAUUUACACUUGUAUUGGGACCAGAAAAAAGGGCAGGGACAGGGAGCCCUGUCUGAGAGACUACGGAGCUUUAGCAUGCAGGAUCUCUCGACGAUCCGUGGAGACAGCAGCAGCACUGUUCCUCCUUCGGUCACUGUACGAACAAGUAGCAAACAGAGCCACCCAAAACCAUCCAGAAGUGCAUCAGAAGGCACUGGCAGCUCAGUGUGCACGUGUUGCUCGGUAUGCCGACUCCUCAGAGGUGAAAUAAGUGUGGACAUUAGGUAUGAGAAGCCAGCUGAGACAAACUGUGAAACAAAAGGCUCAGUGUUCUCAGAUGAUGAAGAGAAUGAUUGUGCAUCCAUGAACAAAAGGCCCAAAAAGAAGGAUCAGCCCCUUGAGGCACCGCCUAGGACCCUUAGACCUCGCUUCAGGAAGAAAAGUACCUCGUCCUCUGCCACUGAAACAAUGUGAGUGCAAUGAGCCAAUAGCACCAAGAUCCACAGAAUGUCUCUCUUCUGCCUUAAAGAGCUACUCAUUCAUAAAGUAGGAAACAGCAGUGGGAUGGAUGUGCUUUGAUGUAGAGCACUGUAGACAUGGCCUUUCUCCCUCCUCUCUCCGCAUCCUUCUGUGGCUUGCUGCUGGCGUUUGUCCCUGACGUGGGUAGGACACUCUGGCAGGCACCUGCAGGUGAGGGGUCCUGGUUUGGUUUGCAGAGUGUGCACCCACCCACAGUGUACAUUUACAGUUUCAUUUGUGUCUGCAUAGCUCUUGCUCUGUGAAUGCCCAGAGGAAACAACAAUAAUCAAUUACUCAUGAUGCUACAUCGACAAUGUAUUUAUUUAUGGCUUUAUCAUGGAUGAAGUGGAUUUGCAGAACCCAUGGAUUUCUCUUUCCUCCCUUCCUCCUCAAGACUGUGAAUGAUGUAACAAAUGUCAAAGUACUCUGACUGUACAAAAUGUCCAAGAUUUGUUAGUGAAAGCUGAGCUGCAACUGCGUUUUUCUGCAAGUAAAUCACAUGUUCUGUGAAAACCAUCGUGCUAAACCCACAGAGACAGAACCACUUACAGAGGAUGAGGAAGUGAUGUGCAAGAGAAAAAAAAAUUGUUUCAAUGAUGUAAUGAAGAGAGAGUCCUAAUUUCGAUCAGCCUGAGACAGGAGAGUAUUUUGUGGAAAAUUAUGCGUAGAAGAACUAAAUCCCACCAUUUGUGGCCAAUGUUCUACUGCGAGUUUUAAAGUGUGAGCAAGCCAGGCUUGAGCAAGCUGCAGCAACAGAAAUUAGAAUCACUUUAGUGAUGCAUUUCCAGGGAAAAACCACACCUUUCUCCCCUGCUGCAAUAGCGCCAGUCCCAGCACUCUGCUCUACUGCUGAGGGGCUGCUGUUCUGCUUGCAUGAGCAGAGGAGGGUGCUGGGUCUGAGCUGCUUUUGGAAGCCUGGAAUUUCUCCUGUAGUGUGGAGUUUGGUUAGAACCACAAGAACCAAACUGAGUGGUUUAUUUGUAUCCAUAUAUAAAUGGGAAAUAUAAAAGAAGAGGAAGACAUGGUAGGGUUUGUGUAUUUGUGCUUCAAGUUGGUGUCUCUUGUAAGUGUUGAGCAUGUGAGAUUCACACAUAAGUUAAUUACAUGACCCUUUGUGUUUGCUCUUGGACCUGUCACGUAGACUAGAAAAAGAUUUAGCAUUAUGUAGGAUGUGCCAUCACCAAUGGAUCAGCACAGGGGCUCGAUGGUGUCACUGUUCGUCUGGCUCAGGUGCAGCAGCCCAGGGUGCCAAAAGCCAGCUGGAGUGUGCCAGGCUUGGAGAUAACUCUGAAGUGGCCUUUGAAACCAUUUCUCUGCCGGGUGUGCGUCCAUAUCCCAGCUGCCCAUCUGCUGGAUCCCCGAGGUCACCCCCACAGCUUCCUACAUGUGUGGGGAAGAAAGAAAAAAAUUACGCACACAGAGAAAUGUUUAUGUGACCUGGCUAGGAAAUGGAAAAUCAAGCAGGUGGUUCCUGUAUCUGCCACAGUAUUUGGCCUCAUUACCUGAGAAUUUUAUUUUCAUGUGCUGAUUCAGUCAUAUUUUGCAAAUUUUGAAAAAUUCUUCAGAAAGUAAAUUAAAAAAAAAAACUCAAAUAAACCUGUCUAAAGAACGGUUACAGAAGAGUUGGUCCCUGGAAGAUACUCAGCAAAAGCUUUGAGAAGCUAAGCUUAUGUUUUUUACUUCUAAGCAGCUUUAGAGUUUAUUUGAUUUCUUUUGGCUAACAUUAAAAGAAAUAGGAAAACUGCCUGCACUGUUAGCAGAAAAUAAAAUCCUGUUGCAAGCAAGCCAUGUUUCCCUGCUAUGCAAUGGGCUGCUGUAAGAUAAAAAAGAAGCUGACAAGUUUGCACUCAAUUAUGCCAAAUAACCCAAACAACAUAGAGCUGCAUAACAUCUGACAAGUUCUAAUCUCAGACAUGCCGUAUUAACAUUGACUCUCACUAAAACUAUUUAAUGUGCGUCUAAUCUGCUGUUUUACUGUAAACUUGACUGUUUAGCAUUUCUUAAGUGCUGAGGUGAAAUGUUGACAAGGGAGUUGCCUUAUAUCUCUCAAAACAUUCACUGUAUAAACGAGAAAAUAAACCUUUUCAUAUCUCUGGAAAAGAAAAAAUGUAUUAUCAACGGAGCUGUAUAUUUGCAUAUAGAUAGACAGAUGUAAAUGCCUGACCUCGUGCACUUGUGCUCCUUGUGCUCCAGUGCUCUGUACAGACGAGAGCGGCCACUCGCUUUGAUUCCUCACCUUCCUCGCACAGGUUGUUUACAGGGGCUGCCCCCAGCCUGUCAGCUCGGUGUCACAGCUGCGUGUGUUCAUUCCGGAUAAAAACCACCCUGAAGUCUUUUGUUCCAGCUUUUCCCUGGAGCCUCUGCCAAGGAGCGAGCCCAGUUCGGCGAGUCGCCUUCCUGCGCUGCUGCUGACCCCUCCCGGCAACCCGGGGUGUGCAGGACCCCGCACAGGAGAGGAGGCAGGGAUGGAUGGAUGGAUGGAUGGAUGGAUGGAUGGAUGGAUGGAUGGA